CCUCGCAGUCCGCAAACGCAACAUUGAAACACCAACGAAGAAGACGCAAGAGCACAGUAGCCAGCAGUGUCAUGGCGGCAGCGCGCAGCUUACGGGUGUCGGUGAAAUCGGACAGUGGCUCUGACCGCUCCGAGUCCGAGUCGGACUCCGAGUCCGACAGAGGUACCCGCGGGGCCGAACCCAUGGAGGUGGAAGAGGGGGAAGUGGAAGCGGACGACAUCUCCGUCAACCGAUCCCUGAAGGAGCUGCUGCCGGAUACGAGCAGGCGCUAUGAGAACAAAGCUGGAGCCUUCAUCACCGGCAUUGACGUUAAUUCGAAGGAAGCCAUUGAGAGGAAAGAGAAGCGAGCGAGGCGCUUUCACUUUCACGGCGAAGUGAGCGCCACUCAGCGUAACGUUUUCCUGGAUAAAGAUGCCGUGAAGAAGGCUAUUCCCAAAGUGCGACUGGAGGCAAUUUACAUCACAGGCGUCGAUGACAUGAGCACACAGGAAGUAUUUGGGCAUUUCAUGGAAUAUCCCCCCGCACACAUUGAGUGGAUCGACGACACUUCCUGCAAUGUGGUUUGGCUGGAUGACGACACAGCCAUCAGAGCUUUCAUCAACACCAGCAGGAUGCCUGAUCCGGAUGCGGUUGCCACGGAUACAGAGCGAGCUAAUCAGACGGGCAAGCCCAGUGGUCGGGGUCACAGGUCAGAUGAAGAGGAUGAUGAUGAAGAAGAGGGUGAAGUAGAUGAAGAUGAGGCAAAGAAGAGUACUGAGGAGAUUGCGAAAGAGAGCGACGGGGAAGAAAAGACAAAAGUGGAGGCCGGUCAGGGGGAUGACCUGUCAGUCGCCGAGAGAGUGUCUCUGCUGAGGAACGACCUGCGUCCCGCCAUCAAACCUUUCAAAGGAAACAAACUCUUCCUACGCUUUGCCACAGAAGAUGAUAAGAAGGAGCUGGGUGCUGCCCGGCGCAGUCGAUACUACAUGAAAUACGGGAACCCAAAUUACGGAGGCAUGAAGGGGAUCCUUAGCAAUUCCUGGAAGAGAAGGUAUCACAACAGACGCAUCCAGAGAGACGUCAUCAAGAGUAAAAAGCCUCUAAUUGGAGACAGCAUGGGACACACUCCACCGUACACCCACCGUCACUCUGCUGACCUUGUCAACCUACCCGAGGAGCCCAUCAAGGAGGAGGAAGAAGAGGAGGAAGACUAUGGUGACGAGGACAUGGACUCCGACGACCGGGUGGUGGAGUACAAGGAGAAAGGAGACAAAGGGGUUACCACCCCGCGCCCAUCGGGCGUAGGACUUCGUAGCAGGGUGGAGCGUUCCCCGUCACCCUGGUCCGAGUCGGAUGAGAUGGACUACGACCUGGAGCUGAAGAUGAUCUCCACGCCGUCGCCCAAGAAGAGCAAGAAAAUGACCAUGUACGCCGAUGAAUUGGAGGCACAGCUAAAGAGCAUUCGGAACCGGGUCGGAGAAUCAGCAUCACAAAGCAGGCCUAAGUCCCCAUCGCCCAGCAAGGUGAUGGACGUGCGGCAGCUGCUUGAAGAGAAGAGACAGGGGCUUUCUCAGCAAAGACAGCACCCUCCAGUGGCCACCAGCGGCAGGACAGAUGUACGACAGCGACUUGGGAAGAGGCGGUACUCUCCUGAAAGGCAGCGCUCUCCCUCCCCCGUCUCCCAGAGAGACACACCCCCCACCAGAGAACCAAUCAGAGACGUGCACCGCCGACUUGGUGUGGUUAGCCGGGAUGGAGGUCUCUCUUCCAAAUCAUCCAAAGACAGAAAGACAACAGGUAGCCUGUGGAGUCGACUGGGCUCCGCUGACAAUAACAACAAUGUAGGGAGCAGAAGGCGCAGCGGGUCGUCGGGCCUCUUCUCGUCCUCACAAAGCAGCAGUAGGCAGAGAGGAGAUGCAGAGGAGGGAGACGUAGAGGAGGAGGAAGGCGAGGAAGAGGACGACUCGACUCUGCAGAAGAUGUGGGGCGCCAUGAUCAAACAGAAGCAGGAGCGCCUCACUCACAAGAUGAAAAAGAGUCGGCUGGACAACCUGCCGUCGCUGCAGAUCGAGAUCAGCCGAGAUAGCAGCGAGGACUCGGACGCUUGAGACAGAUGCUGGAAUGAAAAAAAACUUUGUGUGGAAAUUCCUGUUCAUGGAUUACCAAGUGGGCUUUGGACGCCUCCCUCCGGGCACAUUGAGGUCCAACCCUGGCCUUUCUGUCACAUGUUGUUUUUGUGUUUCUUUUAAUACGGAACAUCCAAUAUUUGUUUUGGGUGACAUUUCAACCUUCCUUUUUUGUAUUUUUAAAUCAUUUUUCUGUGGAGAACUUUGUUCAUGACACAGAGAACAUGACGUUUGUAGCGCAUAUACAUUCCCAUUGCAUAUGUUUGAUCACAACGAUCUGUAAACACGUUGAUAAGAUCAUUAGACACGUGAACCAUUUACCAUGACUGCAACAUCUCAAGUGGGACCUCAUGUUUUACUUUGUAAUCGUAAAAUAAUACCAAAACAAGGCGACUUUCCUCAGUUUGUAGUUGUACCCGUUAUGAUCAAGAUUCAUUUUCUUUUCUACAUCAAAACUGGUUGAUAAAUCGGCAUCAGAAGACAUUGGAGUCAGCAUGUUUGUCUUUGCCACAAACUGCAGCUAAAUAGAAGGGAAAUCGCUGGGUUCAUUAUCUCACAAUUGAUUGUAGUCAAACCAUUAAAACAAUGUAGACUCGCCUGAA